CUUCCCCCGGCAUUCUUCCAGUUCAAUCAAAUGGCUCGUUUGCUACAAUCCCUGCGGCGGGUCUUUGGAUUGACUCCUGCCCGACCUCCCUCGAAGUUUGCGAGGUCGAUCGAUAUCGAUUUCUCUCGGUUCUGCGAGGGGGACUGUGUCGUCGUUCAUCCAACAAAAAAUGCCCAAGCAAAAAAUGUCAAGUUGACGAAGCCCCUGCGCAAAAAUCAGAAAACGGAACUCCCUCGCGGCCAUCUAUUACACGAAAGCGUCAUCGGCCGGAAAGUCCGCGAUCGCAUCCAAGCGCAUAAAGGUCCUGAUGUCCGAGUCACGCAUCCCACGCUCGAAGAAUAUGUCUCCAUGACGCCUCGUCUGGUAACGCCGAUCUACGGCCACGAUGCCGACCUCAUCGUCUCCCUUCUCGAUAUCCACGUCACUCCUCCCGCCGAGGGAGACCAGCUACCUCCGUUGGAGAUCCUAGAAUCAGGCACCGGCCAUGGCUCUCUCACAUUACACCUCUCCCGUGCCAUCCAGGCAGCAAACACAGCACCACCAUCAAUUCCUCCCAAAUCCCAGAUCAAACACCUAGAAGGCCGUCCCCUGCGCUCCGAUGAGCAAAAUGAUCAAAAGGGCCAAAAGGGUCAAGAUGGCGGCAAGUCGGACGUCGUCGAGCCGGAAAACUCCUCGCCAGACCCUCUGCAAGAACAGUGGGAUGUCUGGCGCUCGCAGCGUCGAGCAAUCAUUCACACGGUGGACGUAUCGCCCACAUUCUCGGCGCGCGCGGAGAAGAUCGUCCGGGGAUUUCGGCGCGGAAUCUACGCAGGAAACGUCGAUUUCUACGUCGGACACGCAGAGAACUGGAUCGCCGAGCAGAUCCAGCAACGAACCCCGAAAUCGCUCCUCUCGCUGACCACCCCCAGCGUCGAGCCGUUCCUCACCCACGCCAUUCUCGACAUGCCGUCCGCGCAUCAGCGCAUCCCGCACGUGGCUCCGAUCUUGAGAACCGACGGCAUCCUGGCCGUCUUCAUGCCCAGCAUCACGCAGAUCGGCGACUGCGUGGAUCUCAUCCGGAAACAGAACCUGCCGUUCACCAUGGACAAGGUCGUGGAGCUGGGCGCCGGGAUCAGUGGCGGCCGACAAUGGGAUGUUCGACAUGCGGUUAAGAAGUCCCGCGCCGAUCCGUCGUCGUGGACAAAGGGCGCCGAUGAAGCCGAGGGGACUAAGGAGGCUUCUGGAGAAGACGCAGACGACUCCGUCUCGAUCCCCGUGGAAGACGCACCCCGCGAUGACGGCGUGCUUGUCUGCCGGCCGAAGGUCGGGAAUCGCAUCGUGGGCGGAGGGUUUGUUGGCAUCUGGAGACGGAUUGGCUGAUGCAUCAAUCGUAUCCUGAAUACCCCCUUUGUAUUAUACCAUAUGAACUACUCAAACUACAUGAUAGAUUAGACUAGACCGCGACUGUACUAUACUUGCAUAGCAUGCACGCAUACCACUCUGUUC